AUGGAUUUACCAGAACUCCCGCCGAGGAUGUUUACAUUAGGAGAAGAGCCCGAUGCAAUCAUGAGCAUUUCGUAUCAUUCUGAUGACACAAAGUUGUUUAAAGCUCUAUGUGAUUGUCUCACAGCUGACGAAUAUGAGGAUCUGAAGGCGUCGAAGUUGGGAGUGUUCAUCAAAUUCAAGGAGCUUGACUUUGGUUGGACUUCAAGGCUGUUACAUUUUUUGCUCUGUUUCCAGCUGGACAUCAAGAAGAAUUUUGAGCUCUGGAGUCUUGUCGUUUCACAACCUGUGAGGUUUUCACUGAUAGAGUUUGAACACCUCACUGGGCUGAACUGCGAUUACAUCAAGGACCUGGAAAAUCCAAGGUGUGAGGUUACGACGGAGAUGGCUGCUUUCUGGGAGAAGAUGCGUGUUGAUCUCGAUACUGGGCCAAGUAUUGAACAGAUAACAAAAGUAUUUUACAACUGCGACGAGUGGUCUCGGGAUGAUCACAUGCGGCUGGGAUACCUUGCCAUCUACGCAGGAUACAUCGAAGGGAAAAAGUUCUCAUCCGCUACAUCAGCUAGUCUUGCAAGGCUAGUGAUGGAUUUAGAAAAAUUUGAGAAUUAUCCAUGGGGGAGAGUGGCGUUUAAGGUGCUGAUGGAUUCUCUGAAGGCAAAAGACUUGACGCAAACUGGUUACACUGUUGAUGGGUUCAUACAAGUGCUCCAAGUGUGGGCGUACUAUGCUAUGCCAGAAUUGGGUGCUAAUUAUGGGUCUCCCAUACCAAACAGACCGUCUCCACUGUUGCUGGCUUACAAGGGUGGCAAAAGACAACGCAAAUGUUUUAAGGCAGCUAUCAAUAAACAGACUAUCGUGAAGAACUUCGUUCAGAAGGAUUUUGAUGAAAUGUUUCCAAAAUGGGACGGAGACGUAGAUGACCAUGCCGCGGAUAACAUAAUUAAAGUCAUGUUUAAUGAUCCUGGAUGGGAGUGGACCAUGGAAUGCUGGCAAGUCACCGGUACUCGCAAGGUUGUGAAGAUGGAAGUGAGUCCAGGGAAGAAUGAAGUGAGUCCCGUGAAGACGGAAAAAACUACAAUGAAGUCAGAGAGUGUUGUGAAGGAAGAAAGUAGCAGACCUCGGAAGAAAGCUCGUAGUGAAGGGAUGACGCAUCAGCAGAUUGAAAAGUCCUUGAAGGACAUAUCUGAUGCCAUUAAUCUUGGCUUUGGGACGUGCCUUAGGGAGCUCAAGUUACUGGGGGAUAGGAUGGUAGCUGUGGAGAAGAAGGUGGAAAUCACCAACAAAGGGGGUUCAUCUGAUGAUCGUCAACUUACAACCACUUCAAAUCCACCAAAACCUGUUGACGAACCCGGGAGUGAAAGUGUGAAUGGGGCGAAAGGAGGACGGAAGGAAGCCAAAGAACCGAGUCUUACUACAGAACCGAGUUCCUCGAGAGAGCUCUGUCUUGUGAGACCUGCAGACGACUUACCGAGUGAUGAUCCUAGCGUUCUUUUAUUGGACAAACAAGUUUCCACUGCUUCAGAUUUACUCGUUGAAGAAGCUAGAAGGCAGACAAAGAAGGAGACUGCUUUGGUGAAUCUCCGUAAAAAAAGUGUGCGAGAAAGGAAGAUUGCUCCCACACAGAAAACUCCUUUUAAGGGAAACAGCACUGCCAAACAGAUCAUUCCAAACAAACAGGUUGGCAGAGGCUAUGAUCCUUUUGCACCCUAUGACAAGAUGAAGUCGAAGGAGCUCACUGCAUGGUGGAGGGCCUCCUACCCUGAUUUUAAGAGCGACGCUCCUGAUGCCAACGGUUUAGGAAGAAGACUCCCUGGUGGGGCGUGGAAUUAUCAUGCAGGCGUGAUACCUUCUUUUUGCAAAUCUAAGAAGGUUUGGGGGGUGGAUGUGGAUGAUAUCUAUGCACCUGUGAACAUCAAGAACCAGCAUUGGAUUGCUAUAUGGAUAUCAAUCCCUAAGAAGCACAUCGUUGUCUGGGACAGCAUUGUCUCUCAUAUUAGCCCUGAAGAACUCGAUGAGGUAAUGGAGCCUUUUGUCACAAUGGUCCCUUAUAUGCUUGUUGAGUGUGCGCUCUCUGACGAACAAAAGGUUCAAUACACAUUGGAGCCAUACACAUAUGCGAGACAAACCGUUGGAGUACAUCAGUGCCGAGCUGGUGAUUGUGGCCCCUUCACUCUGAAGUACAUUGAAUGUCAUGCUCUUGGGAUGGAAUUUCCCACCGUUUGA